AGGAGCACCUCCAGGAAGUAGAAGGGUCUGAUUUUACUCCUACUCUGGAGGAUAGGGAUCACUGGCAGGGAGGGACUACGAUACAUCUUUGAAACCAGGCUACGACUUUUGUUCGAAUAAUCGAGCAAAAAUUGAGAAAUUGUGUCGUCUGCUGGUAUGUUGAAUGUAAUGUGUUAAGAUCUUCAGCAAGUGAUAAGUCGAAAAAUGGCUUCAGGACCACUGAAAAAGGCAACAGGAUUGACUGGGUUGGCAGUUGCCGUAAAUCCUCAUCAUACACUAGGCGUCCUUUAUGGUAAGAUACUUAGGGCUCUGCAGAAAAUGCCUGAAGACGCCGCUUAUAGAAAGUACACGCAAGAAAUAGUCAUGGAACGAGCACGCAUCGUAAAGACAACACCAAAUGUUCAGGACAUUGAGAAGAAAAUAAACUGUGGGCAGGUGGAGGAACUUAUAAUCCAGGCUGAGAACGAACUGACUCUAGCACGUAAAAUGCUGGGGUGGAAACCGUGGGAGCCUCUGAUGACAGAACCACCACCAGACCAGUGGAAGUGGCCACCAACCAAGUAGUGUGGUAUUCAUCUUGUGUAGCAAGUACUUUAAUGUUAAUAAAAGGCCAUAAUAUUUUCAACCAAA